AUGGACAGAUCAAUCGUCGAGGCCAAGUUCGACAGCCUUGUCGAAGCAGGACUAGUGUUUUAUGACCAAGGACAAAAGCUCAUUGAGUAUUUGGAUGAAGGAUUGAAGUUUCAGUUCCUUCUCACUUCCGCUCUGGCGAAGAAACCCACCAUUGAAACAGCUGGAGCACAAAACCAGCACGACAACGACCCGUCCCAGCCGAAGCGAGACGGGAGUGACAUUAACACCGCAGGUUAUGAGAUCUGUGACGUUGGCAGCACGCAUGUCCUGGUUGCCAAUAAAUUCUGCUUCGCUAGGCCUCACUUGAUGCUCCUGACUUCAGACGGUCACCAAAGGCAAUACGAGGCUCUAAACAGAGACGAUUUGACAGCAGCAUGGAGUGUUUUGAGCACCAUGGGUGACGACUAUGUUGCGUUCUUCAACUGUGGCCGAGAUGGAGGAUGCAGUCGACUGCACAAGCACAUGCAGCUGAUUCCCAUGCCAAACUAUAACUUUGCGUCUUUUCUCAAUUCCGAUGAUACCGAAGAGCCUGGGGUUCCAUUUCGAUGGUUUUUUCAUCGCUUCGGACACUCGAAGCCCGGCGUAGACGACCUGGUCACCAUUUACAACGACCUUGUUAGAAAGGCCACAGAAGCUGGCCAAGGACAAUCUGAAAAUGCCAAUAACGCACCCCCAGACGCUGCAGUCCCGCACAAUUUCUUGCUUACACAGAGAUGGAUGAUGUUACCCCCCAGGCGAAGAGCGGCUGUCAACGGAGAGGCUGGGGCGAAUGCUAUUGGGAUGAUGGGCGUCAUCGCUGUUGCAACACGAGACGAGAUCGAGAGCUGGCUCAGAAUUGGACCAGCUACAGCCCUCGCAGAGCUUGGGUUUCCAAAGUAA